UGAAAACACACACAAUCGUAUAUAUAUUGUCAGUAUAGAUAAGUUACAAUUCUACUUAUUGACAUAUCCAUAUACGUACCCACAUAGAUACAUAUACUCGACCCUUCACAUACAUUCUAUCGUAUCUAGCCACUAAUUAGAGACAGCUUUAGAAUUGAAGUUUAUGGAUUCUCGUAAUUUCUUGCUUGCCAUCGAUCCUACAAUCCACUGAGUUCAACACAUAUACAUAGUUUGAACCAAAGUUAGAAAAUUCUACCUCUGAAUUAUAUUAUUAGCACCAACUAUCAAUGCACACAUAUACAUAAGAGUCUAACUUUGAUAUACUGACAGAAUAAAUUGCGUUGUCAGCAUAUAUAAGUUAAAUUCUAUAUAUAUGGCUGACCUUUCACAUACUACAAAGUCUAAAACAAAUACCAAACAUCCUAUAUAUCGUGGUAUACGACGUAGAAGUGGAAAAUGGGUGUGUGAAAUUAGAGAGCCACGUAAAACUACAAGAAUAUGGUUAGGUACUUACCCUACUCCACAAAUGGCUGCUGCUGCCUAUGAUGUUGCUGCCUUAGCUCUAAAGGGAACUCAAAAUGUCGUACUCAAUUUUCCUCACCAUGUCAAUUCAUAUCCAAAGCUACCUCCCUCACCAUCUCCGGACGAUAUACGUCGCGCUGCGGCCAUCGCGGCGGAAGUGAUGGCCUCGCAGGGCGACGAUGAUCGAUCAUUGGGAAGCAGGGAGGGAGAUGCAUGUAACGAAGGAGGUUCAGAUGAAUCAGAAAAUUAUGCUAUGCAAAGAGAAAAUACGCAAAGGAUUACGAUGGAAGAGGAAUAUGUUGAUGAGGAAGCAUUGUUUGAUUUUCCAAGUUUGCUUGUAAAUAUGGCGGAGGCAAUGAUGCUAAGUCCCCCAAGAAUAAACUCAUUUCCAUCGGAAGAUUAUUCAUCAGGAGACUAUGAUGGUGGGAGUCUUUGGAGCUAUUAAUUAUGAUUAACGAGCAGAGACAAAUUUAGAAUCUAGAGUUAAUAAUUUCAUAAUCGAAGAAAAUGUAGUUUUGUUUGUAGGCAUAAGUUGGUAAUAUAUAAUAUCCUUUUUCACUA